CAUUGGUGGCGCUCUCCUUGCGGGUCCAACCCCUUGUUACCUGCUUGAGAAAAUUCCGAAUCCAAUCCCAAGCUUCACCCAUCCACACCACAUCCGACAUUCACCACAGCCAUGCCACCCCGGAUACGCGGCAGCGGCUGCCAACCACAGCUGUUGCUCAAUGCCCUUGAGCCAGUACCCUCGUCAUCCCUACAACCGUCAGCCGCGCUAGCAGUCACUCUACCCAGGCCAGCGGCCUCGCGGUCACCACAAUGCAGCCGGUCCUUCUCGACAACACCAGCACGCCAGGUGACGCGCUUGCGACGUGUCUUCAAGGACUGGUGCGUCAACAACGCGCCGCUGUUCCAGAACCCGCAACCGGGGCAGACCAACUAUGUCAGCCGCAUCCUCAAGCAAUCAGACUUCCAGCCCGUGUACCCCAACCAGCCCUUCCCCAACAACCCGGCCUUCCGCAGUGAGCCGGUGCUGUCCGAGAGCGCGAGGGAGACGAUCUGGCGGGCAGUUAUGGUGGAGGGCCUGCCCCUCAAGGCCGUGUCGGCGGAGUACAAGGUGGAUGUGCGCCGGGUGGCGGCGGUGGUGAGGAUGAAGGAGAUUGAGAAGAAGUGGGAGCGUGAGGGCAAGCCAAUGGCCAUCCCAUACGCGAAAGCGAUGAUGGAGAUGCUCCCGCGCGCGAAUCUCACCGAGUCUGAGCGGCGCGAGGGCCGUCCGUUCGAACCCAUCAACGACAUCCACGUGCACAGUUAUACGAUGCAACAGCUUUUCGUGCCCACGUCAGAAUCGCGCGAGUUCACCCGCGCCGAUGCGGCCAAGGCCUUUGGUGACCACAUCUUACCGCCCGACAGCAAGAUGCGCAUUCCCGAGUUGGUGGAGAUGGAGCGGAAAAUCUCCCAGGGUGUGCCGCCACAUCAGGCGCGCGCAGAAUUCAUCGAGGAGACUAGGAAGAGCGAGCAAGAACUCGCGGCGAAGGCGCGAGCCAGGUUGCAGGCUGCUGAGGACAGGCGGGUGCGCGUGGACUCGGGCCGGUUCGAGUUCAGGUUUGAGAAGAUCAAUGCCGAGGAUGUCGGCCCGACCGGUCGGGCGAGGAGAGCCGUGGGAUGGCGGUAUGGCGUGCCGCAUAUGGACCGCAAGAGAGGCCAGAUCAAGAUCCCCACCAGCGUUGAAUGAGCUAGGGACCGACCGGGUGGUGCAGAUGUGCUUGGCUGUGAAAGAAGCCGAAGCCGGUACAUGUAACUGGGGGGCACGAUAUAAGAAGGGGCUUCAGCCCCGUGGA